AAAUAUCGCCGUACGGCGCAAGUUUCUCAUUUAAUCUCAUAGAAAACAAGUAACCUAACUCUCAUAAAUGUAAACAAUCGAAAACAAAUACAAUUUAUUACAAAAACCAGAAAAAAAGGUAAAAAUGGAGGAAAUGGACGUGGAUGUAAAAGAAAGUGAUCAAGAUGACAGACUGGAGGGUGAAAAUUCCGAUGAUUCAGAAGAGGAGUCCAAGAAAAAUUCUCUUGAUCCAGAAGAUCAGCAGAAGAAUGAAAACUCGGAUUUUGAAGACAAAGACAACUCUGACUCUGAUGAUGAUGAUGAAGAUGACGAAGCCGCGAAAACUGAAAUAAAUGAACUGAAAUCAAAGCUGGAGGUUAACCCGUACGAUUACUCAAGUCAUCUAGCCCUGAUAGCAAAACUCCAGUCCCUGGGUGAGCUGCUGGAGCUCCGUAAAGCGCGGGAACAAAUGAGCAGCAUCUACCCUCUGUCCCCAGAGCUCUGGCUGUCUUGGCUACGUGACGAAAUAUCUCUGGCAGUGACCGAAGACGAGAAGGCAGCAGUUAAAAAAUUAUUUGAACGCGCAGUGAACGAUUACUUGUCACCAGACAUCUGGCUCGAGUACGUCCAGUUCGCGAUCGGAGUCUGCAGCACCGCGGAGGUCCGUGAGCUCUUUGAACGCGCGUUGACCGCGACCGGACUUCACGUGACCCGGGGCGCCGUUACCUGGGAGGCCUAUCGCGAGUACGAGAGUAUUUUGGUAUCAGCAGUAGAAGACAGCGACCGAGAAGAGCAAAUUAAUCGCGUGGGAACUCUCUUCCGUCGUCAGUUGGCCUGUCCGCUGCAGGACAUGGACAAGACACUCGCUGAGUACCAGCACUGGCGGUCGGAUGCCGGCAAGAGCUGCAGUAUCAGUGAUGAAAUUGUCUUGGCUGGUUACAACCGUGCGCUUGCUGACCUGGAAGCUCGGAAAGUUUACGAGGACAAGUUGCUGUCAUGUCAAGCUGAUGAUGAACUCUACAAUACCUACAGGCUCUACCUUAAUUAUGAGAAGGAACACGGCGACCCUGGAAGAGUUUCCGUACUCUUUGAGCGAGCCAUCACUGACCUGAGCCUUGAGUCCCGGCUCUGGGAGGACUACAUCCAGUAUUUGGUCUCGACAAUUAAACUAGAAGACGUUCUAGCUCGGGUUUAUCUAAGGGCGAGCAGAAACGUUCCCUGGUGCUCGAGUAUUUGGUGCCAGUGGAUCAGGUCACUGGAGAAAUGGUCGAAGCCGCUGCUGGAGAUCCAGAGUCUGCUGGAGCAGGCUCUGACUGCUGGUUUCCCAACCGCUGAUGAUUACAGGAAAAUCUGGAUUACUUUCUUGGAGUACUUACGCCGUCGGCUUGACGACAAGGGGGACGACGAUGACGCUCAUGGCAAAGCACUGGAGACUAUCAGGACGGCGUUCAAUCGCGCUGCUGAACAUCUUGCCAAGUUGUUUGGCCUCGCUGGAGAUCCUCAGUGUGUUGUGCUCCAGUUCUGGGCCCGCACUGAAGCGAUCCAUGCUCGGGAUAUGGAGCGCGCGAGACAACUGUGGACUGAUAUCAUGUCCCAAGGACAUUCUGGUACAGCUGGAACCUGGCUGGAGUAUAUUACCUUGGAGAAAUGCUAUGGGGACACUAAACAUCUGAGAAAAUUAUUCGCCAAGGCUCUGGCGGCGGUGAAAGACUGGCCGGAGAUCAUUUGCAACGCCUGGGUUGACUUCGAGCGAGAUGAGGGGACUCUUGAGCAGCUGGAAAUUUGUGAAGUCAAAACGAAGGAACGGCUGGGUAAGGUUAAGGAACAGAGAGCCAAGGAGGAAGAGCAGAAGGUGAUCAGUCCUAAGACCCAGAAGCCGGUUAAGAGAAAAAUCGAAGAUGGCAAGUGGAAGAAUUUGAAUUCUUCGGCCAAAGUUGCCAAAGUUGACAAAGUUGAUGGUCAGGGAAAUUCCUCUGAGUGGAAACCUGAUGAAGUUGACCCCCAGGUCACGGUUUUUGUCAGCAACCUGGACUACGAUGUCACUGAACAGGAGAUUAGGGACGCGCUGGUGUCCGUGGGUCCGAUUGUUAAAUUCAACCUGGUAAAAGACUUCCGUGGGAGGAGCAAAGGCUUCGCUUACAUCCAGCUCAGCGACGCGAAAGCGGUCAGCGACGCACUGAAACUCGAUCGCACGCCAGUAAAAGGUCGGCCCAUGUUCAUUUCUCGUUGUGAUCCUGAUAAAACUACUCGUGGUACUGCGUUCAAGUACCAGUGCAGUUUGGAGAAAAAUAAAUUAUUUGUUAAAGGGUUGCCUUUGACGACAACAAAAGAAGAAUUAGAAAAUAUUUUCAAAGCCUACGGACAACUAAAAGACGUCAGAUUGGUGACCUACCGCAACGGACACUCGAAAGGACUCGCCUACGUCGAGUUCGCUGACCAGAGCAGUGCCUCCAAGGCCCUACUGGCCACCGACGGAAUGACCAUCGCCGACAAAAUAAUUUCUGUCGCCAUAAGCCAGCCUCCAGAGCGCAAGAAGCCCGAUUUUUCCGACAUUCCAUCUUCCCACGGACAAGUUAAGUCUCUAGGAAGCACGACAACUGCGCGCACUAGUUCUGCUCAUCCAAAAACAAUGCUGUCCAUGGUACCAAGAAGUGUAAUUGCUCCCAGCAAUGGAGUCAAGGACAAACCGAAAAGCAACGACGAGUUUCGUAAAAUGUUUUUAAAAAAAUAAAUAAUAAAUAAAUAAAUUAAUUAAUAAAAAUUA